UCAGUGGACACAUAAAAUAUUUUGGCCACUAUUUCGCUUUUGUCACUGCAUCCGAGUGGACCGUGGUGAAAGUGUCUUCCGUUAUCAAUUAACGGCGUAAAAAUCACAGUGUCAAACUUGUGUAACAGUAGUAAUGCAAUUGAGUACAAUUUUUCUCAUUUUGACGAUUCCGGCUGCUUAAAAUCUGAAAGGCAUUCAUAAACCAUGUUUUGCUGGGGAAGGAUGAAGCAUGGUGAACUGGGAUUGGGGGGUUUGGAAGAAGAAAUCAUCACCAGUCCAAGAGCAUCACCUUUUACACUUGUCAAUGACACUGUCCAAGUUGGUUGUGGAGAAAAUCACACCAUUCUAGUGAUGAAAGAUGGGAAACUGUUUUCGUUUGGUUUAAAUGAUUACGGUCAGCUGGGACACAGCAGGUCCAGGACACGAGCAGAACCAGUAGAUGGCUUAGAGGCUCAUAAUAUCACUCAAGUUGCAUGUGGAGCACAGCACACUCUUGCUCAAAAUGAAUGGGGUGAGGUCUUUGCCUGGGGUUCUAAUUCAAAUGGACAAUUGGGUUUAAAUGUAGAGGGAUCCAUGAUGCCAACUCCUAAAAUGGUGAAAUCCUUGGCUACCAAACAAGUUGUUCAAAUUGCCUGUGGGCGUAGCCAUUCAAUGGCUCUGACAAAUGUUGGUGAAAUAUAUUGCUGGGGUUCCAACAGUCAUGGGCAGUUAGGAUUAGGAUCUUCUGGAACACCAGAAACAAAACCUUGUCUGGUCAAAUUACUGCAAGGAAUCCCCUUUAGUCAUAUAUCCUGCGGCGCUGAUUUCAGCUUUGCAGUGACUCCUUCAGGAGCUGUCUACGGUUGGGGGAAGAAUUCUUUCGGGCAGUUGGGGCUCGGCGAUACGACAGAUCGACCUCAGCCGACCCAAUUGAAGAGCUUGCGAUUUCAACGGGUGACGUACAUCAGAUGCGGAAUGGAUCACACUGCCGCCUUAACCCGUGACGGAGGGGUCUUUACGUUCGGAGCGGGCAUGUAUGGCCAGUUAGGCCACUGCACAUCCGCCAAUGAAAUGUUGCCAAGAAAAGUGUUGGAAUUAAUGGGCACCACGGUUACUCAAAUAUGUUGUGGGAGAUGUCACACGCUUGCUUUCGUUCCGUCAAAGGGCCGGAUAUACGCCUUUGGUCUGGGCGGAUCGGGCCAGUUGGGCACCAAGUCAACUGCCAAUGUAAAUUCACCGCAACUUGUCAUUGGGCCAUGGGAGACGUCCAACAACUCGAUCAAGGAUGUGAAAGACUUAGCAACAGAAACCGCUGAAGCGUUAUCUGCCAUUCAAUCCAAACGUGUGGUGGUGCGAAACAUUUUCUGCGGUGGAGAUCAGAGUUUUUCUCUCGUUUGUCCCUAUACUGAAAGCUUUGAAUCAGCUGAUUAUCGGGAACAUGCGGUGGCGACUCAAAUUCUCAGCAUAUUUCCGGACGAAAUCAAGAAAGUUCGAGCUCUACAUCCGGAUGUUGCUGUCGAUUUAGACCUCCUUAGGUAUGUUGAAACCGUUUUCUCGCAUCUUGCUUGCUACAACGCCUCAUUUUUACGAGCUGAUGGUUCGCAUUUUGGUUGCAGUUCGAAAAAUCAUGGGCUUGAUCUCCACUUGGCAGCAGAAACUUUUGGCCAGAUAAGUCGAAUUGAGCACCCGACAAUUUGCGUCCUGUUACGGCGGUGUAUAUGUAACGAACUGCUUUCGAGUCUGAGUCCAGUGAUCCCAGAUAUCGAAGUAUUGCGUGUUUACCUCAUUCUUCCGCUGUACCACGAGUUUCUGCAACCCAAAUUCUUCGAGGAGUUACAUUUUCCGUUUGCCUGCGUUCUACUUAGCCUGAAACCUGAAGCCGGGAAAGUUUAUGAUAUGUGGUUGGCGGCAGCAAACACUGAUUACUUUAUUCGACUCAUCAACAUUUUUAAGCAAGUUGUCGUUCACAUCAUACAUUUACCAUCCAGUUUUGAUCCGACAGAGACGACCAGGCUGGGCAUCAGGCUCAAAAUGUGCCUCGAUGUACUCAAGAAAAUAAACAACGUGAAUCGUCAAGCUGCUACGAAAAAAGUAGGACACGAGCAGUUUUACAUCCCAGAGCUGACGGACAAGGUUGAUGUGAAAAGGGAUUACUUUAAAUGGCUGGUGGACGCUCCCAACAAAGAAUUCCGCCUUUGCAACUACUCAUUUGUUUUCGAUGCCAAAGCCAAGACUUUGCUCUUGGAAGCCGACCAGAAUAUACAAAUGCAUUCAGCCAUGCAAGAAGCUGCUACCAGGGGCGUUUACUUUGGCUUUCCAGCGAUCCAACAGUACUUGAUACUUGAGGUUCGACGUGAUAAUUUAGUGAACGAUACAAUCAAUGAACUGUCUAAAUGCGCUAGCCAAGACCUGAAGAAGCCAUUGAAGGUCAAAUUUCAUGGCGAGGAAGCUGAAGAUGCCGGCGGAGUGCGGAAAGAAUUUUUCAUGUUGUUGUUGAAAGAGAUACUUGAUCCCAAGUAUGGCAUGUUUGCACACUACCAAGAAACCAGGGCGAUAUGGUUUUCUGAAUUAUCGCUCGAGGAACAAGGAAUGUAUUUCUUAAUUGGGUUACUCUGUGGUUUAGCCAUUUACAAUUUCACCAUCAUCAAUUUACCUUUCCCACUAGUCCUGUACAAGAAGUUGCUGGCCGAGCCGGUUGAAUUAGACGACAUUGGCGGAUUGUGUCCAACGCUUAUGAGGAGCUUGCACUCUUUGCUGGAUUACGAGGGAGAUGACGUCGAAGAUGUUUUUUGCCUUAGUUUUGUGAUGUCGCGCGAGGUUUUUGGAUCGGUUCAAACCGACGAACUGAAACCCGGCGGCGCGAAUAUUCUUGUAACUCAAAAGAACAAACAAGAAUAUGUCGAUUUGUAUGUGGAUUUUAUCUUGAACAAGUCGAUUGCCAAGCAUUUCGACGCCUUUAAUCGUGGCUUUCAUAAAGUCUGCGGUGGAAGAGUUCUCCGGUUAUUCCAGUCGCAUGAGCUCAUGGAUUUAGUUGUCGGCAAUGAAAAUUACGACUGGUAUGCGCUGCAAGAGAAUGCCGAAUACAAAAACGGCUACAGUUUCGACCACCCUACUAUCCGUCUAUUUUGGGAAGUCUUCCACGAGAUGUCUCUCGAGCAAAAGAAAAAUUUCCUCCUUUUCCUGACCGGCUCAGAUCGUAUACCCAUCUUGGGAAUGAAGGCUGUCAGAGUAAUCAUCCAGAGGACUGUUGGUGGCGACUCUUAUUUGCCUGUAGCCCAUACGUGUUUCAAUCUCUUGGAUCUACCGUUGUACAACACCAAGGAAAAGCUUCGCUACAAGUUGCUUCAAGCCAUCCAACAGACUCAAGGUUUCGCCCUAGCCUAAUUAACUUUGAUGUAACUAUUUUAGUUACUCUAAAAAUUGCUCGCAUAUUGUUUUAAAAAAUUUCUAUGAACAUUUCUCUACAUUUGUUUAUUUGUUGAUUCGCCUCUGUUUUGAAUUGAGAUUGUGGAAAAAUGGAACAUUAUCAGUUUUGUCAUCAUGUAUUAAGAUCUACAGAUUGGACAAAUUCGAAAACAAAAAAAGAUGUGAAGGCACACUGGUAAGAGAAGUUGAACGAGGCAGUUAAACGACGAAAGAAGUGGGGCUAGGCAGUUUGAUGUACGCAGCUGUCGACUAUGGGUUAUCCAUUUUCUUUUACUGAUGACCCCUGAAUUUCGCUUGCCAAAGC